AUGGCUGUAAAGGGUUUAGGACAACUUGACCAGGAAUAUGAUGGUUCAAAUUUAAAAAUUGGUAUUAUACAUGCUCGUUGGAAUCGUGUUAUUAUUGAUGCUUUAGUGGAAGGUGCUAUUAAAAGAAUGAAGUUUCUUGGUGUCAAAGAAGAAAAUAUUAUUAUUGAAAGUGUUCCAGGUUCAUAUGAAUUGCCAUGGGGUACGAAAAGAUUUGUUGACAGACAAAAGAAGGAGGGCAAACCAUUAGAUGCAGUUAUUCCAAUUGGUGUACUAAUAAAAGGAAGUACAAUGCAUUUUGAAUAUAUCUCUGAUUCAACUACUCAUGCUUUAAUGAAUUUACAAGAAAAGGUUGAUUUACCAGUCAUUUUUGGUUUGUUAACUUGUUUGACUGAAGAACAAGCAUUUGCCAGAGCUGGUAUUGACGAAGCUAAAAGUAUGCAUAACCAUGGUGAAGAUUGGGGUGCUGCUGCUGUUGAGAUGGCUACUAAAUUUGGUCCUCAAUGUCCAUUCUAA